GAAGGGGCUUGUGGCGGGGCUACCAUUUUUUUUAGUGUGAAGGUGCAGAGCAGGACUCUGCGGGUCCAUGUAGCUCAGCCUGGAGGUCCAUGCCGUAUUUGCAACCCGGCCGCCAGAGCCGGCCAGAUCUGGGUGGGCCUGAGAGGCGGUCGCGGGGCGGGGCCAAAUACUGGGCAGGGGGGCUCAGUCCCCGUGGAAUGGGCGCGGCCUAGCAGGGCGGAGUGGGCGUGGUCUUGAGGAGUCCCUCCCCGUCCCGCUUAGACAAUGCCCCGGAGCCGCCAGACCGUCGCGCCCCCGCCCCAACCUAGUGCAUGAGCUCGCCUACCCCGGGACCCCCUAAAAGCCAGAGCUCCCAGUCCCCUAGGCUUGAAGAAUAGGACUCUAAUCUCCAUCAACUCUGCCCCCGAGGAGGAGGGGCCCGAGCCGAGAUUACAGCGCGGUAGGAGUGAGGGUGGCCGCUGGAGGUGAAGUAAAAAGAGAGACAACUAAGAAAUCAGCGCGGCUGGAAGGAGCGUCUGUGUGGAUGGGAUGGGGACGCCGGGGGAGGGGCUGGGCCGCUGCUCCCAUGCCCUGAUCCGGGGGGUCCCGCAGAGCCUGGCAUCGGGGGAGGGUGCGGGGGCUGGCCUCCCGGCUCUGGACCUGGCUAAAGCUCAGAGGGAGCACGGAGUGUUGGGGGGUAAACUGAGGCAGCGACUGGGGCUGCAGCUGCUAGAACUGCCUCCUGAGGAGUCGCUGCCGCUGGGACCUCUGCUCGGUGACACAGCCGUGAUCCAAGGGGACACGGCCUUAAUCACGCGGCCCUGGAGCCCUGCCCGCAGGCCGGAGGUCGAUGGAAUCCGCAAAGCCCUCCAGGACCUGGGGCUCCGAAUUGUGGAAAUGGGGGACGAGAACGCGACGCUGGAUGGCACCGACGUUCUCUUCACCGGCCGGGAGUUUUUCGUAGGCCUCUCCAAAUGGACCAAUCACCGAGGAGCUGAGAUCGUGGCAGACACGUUCCGGGACUUCGCGGUGUCCACGGUGCCGGUCUCGGGACCCUCCCACCUGCGCGGCCUCUGUGGCAUGGGGGGUCCCCGCACUGUUGUGGCUGGCAGCAGCGACGCGGCCCAAAAGGCUGUCAGGGCAAUGGCGGUACUGACAGAUCACCCCUACGCCUCCCUGACCCUCCCAGAUGAUGCAGCUGCUGACUGUCUUUUUCUGCGUCCUGGGUUGCCCAGUGCGACCCCUUUUCUCUUGCACCGCGGAGGCGGGGACCUGACCAACAGCCAGGAGGCACUGCAGAAGCUCACUGACGUCACCCUGGUACCUGUGUCCUGCUCGGAAUUGGAGAAGGCAGGCGCUGGGCUCAGCUCCCUCUGCUUGGUGCUCAGCACACGCCCUCACAGCUGAGGACCAGGACCGUGGGGUCCUGGCUGGCUAGGGAAAGGGCAGCAUAGGGAGUAGAAGGGGAAGGAAGGUUAGAUAGAGGUUGGGAAGCAGGUAGUAGUGGGGAGAGGGCUUCAAGAUGGCAGUUGGGCAAAGUGUGGGAAAAAAGAACAGGGGCCACUGGGUGAGCUCUCUCCCUCAGAACCAAUAAAAUAGAACUGACAUUGUGGACUGGA